UCCAGAACUGUCAGAAUAUAACUCUCAUUAGACCAGACUGGAACCAGAGCAAGAUGCCUGACUCGUGUUCAGCUUGGGGCUGUAAGAACCGACGCACAAUCCAAACCAAAGCUCUGGGAAUUACCUUUCACAAGUUUCCCAAAGCGAAAGAGCUGAGGUUGCAGUGGGACACAGCUGUAAGAAGGGAAGGUUUUUUCACCAAAAAGUACGCUGUUGUCUGCAGUGAACACUUCAGACUGGAGGACUUUGAUAGUACAGGUCAGACUGUCAGGAUUAGAGAUGGAGCUGUACCGAUUGCCGUCAGUUUCCCGACUCAUCUCAAAAGACCAAUGACAACCAGGACAACACAAACCUCAAAGAGGGCUGCAGAGAGCCUGUCAGUGAAGACUGAACCUCUGCCUGAUGUUCCAGUAACAACCAGGAGUAUACAAACCUCAAAGAGGGCUGAAGAGAGCCGGUCAGUGACUGAACCUCUGCCUGAUGUUCCAGUGACAACCAGGACAACACGAGUCUCAAGGAGGGCUGAAGAGAGCCGGUCAGUGACUGAACCUCUGCCUGAUGUUGACCACACCUACGCGUUGUCUGCAUCUCCUGAGGAUCUGAAGGUCAGACUCAGUGAAGCCUUGGCGAGGGUGGAGAGUCUGGAGCGACAGGUGAGGAACCUGAAGGACCGAGAACGGAGGGCGAAGGCCGCGCUGCACGGCCUUCUGAAGCAUCUGAGAGGGACGCUCCCACCACCUCGCUCGGUAGUGAAAGGAGGACGUAACGUGAUCAGGACCAAAUGUAGAAAGAAGGCCAUCAGGUAGAGCUGAGGUUCUUUUACACUUUUACUCCGACCAUGGAUCAGUCUGUUGUGUUGUUUAGUAUUAAUAUAUGCUGCUUUUCAUGCCAUAUUUUUAAGAGGAAAGCCGUUCACUGCUUUAACUGUUCAAAAUAUCACUUAAUUGUUCAUAUUUGAAUCAUAUUGAGGACUUUUUGUUCCUCCUCAUGUUUUUUAUUUUUUAUUUUGUAGCAUAAAAGGACUACAUUGUUGUACAGUGACAAUAAAUGAACAUUGACUCUUGUAA